GAACACUGCUGCUGUUGGGACAACCAGAUACUGAUGUAGCUGCAACAUGACGGGUAACCAUCAAGAUGAUGUCCCAAUCAUACCAACAAGCGCCACCCAUUCGCUGAACACCACAGAUAAUGGAACGCGUUCUGCAGGCCAGAGUGCCAACAGGUUCAUGAGUGAGCAGCAUAAAAUCCACACAUCAUCGUGGAUUGUUGCCGCCCUCUGUAUUGUGAGUUUGUGCGUGCUGCUCUCCUUUGGUGUGUGUGCAUGGAAGAAAUGCCUGAAAAAGGACAAGGACAAGAAAAAGGGGAAAGAGAAGAGCAAAGGAGGAGGCAUUGACACUGAAAUGGAUGAAGGUUACAAAGAGCCGCUAAAAGUUGAAAGCAAGAAGGAAACAGAGUUGUCAGACGCUGAGCCAAAGGAGGAUGACAAGCUUGGCAGACUACACUUUACAUUAGACUACAACUUCACCGAUAACAUGCUGGUAGUUGGCAUCUUGCAGGCCGUGGGACUUCCUGCCAUGGACGUGGGCGGGAGCUCCGACCCUUACGUAAAAGUUUAUCUUCUCCCAGACAAAAAGAAGAAGUUUGAAACCAAAGUUCAUAGGAAGACACUCGAACCGAACUUCAAUGAGACUUUCACAUUUAAGGUACCGUACACCGAGCUGGGCGGGAAGACGUUGGUGAUGACUGUAUACGACUUUGACCGUUUCUCCAAACACGAUGCCAUUGGGGCUGUGAAGAUACCGAUGAGCAGUGUGGAUUUCAGUCAGUCGCUGCAGGAGUGGCGGGACCUUCAGAAGGCAGAGAAAGAAGAGAGCGAGCGUCUCGGGGACAUUUGUUUGUCUUUGAGGUAUGUGCCGACUGCAGGGAAACUGACAGUGGUGAUUCUGGAGGCCAAAAACCUAAAGAAAAUGGAUGUGGGUGGAUUAUCGGACCCUUAUGUGAAACUCCACUUGAUGCAGAAUGGGAAAAGACUAAAGAAAAAGAAAACAACAACCAAGAAGAACACACUGAACCCUUACUACAAUGAGUCUUUCAGCUUUGAAGUUCCAUGUGAACAGAUAGAGAAGGUGCAGGUAGCAGUGACUGUGUUGGACUAUGACAAGAUUGGAAAAAAUGAUGCCAUCGGUAAAGUACUGCUGGGUGCGAGCAGCACCGGCACCGAGCAACGCCACUGGUCAGACAUGCUGGCAAACCCCAGGCGGCCAAUUGCACAGUGGCACAGCCUUCAACCAGAGGAUGAUAUCAAUGCACUGAUUUCCAACAAGAAAUGAACAUCUUCAACUCUGUUAUUACAGUUUAACAUAAUGUAAAGUGUAAGCAAAACUAUAUACAACCAAAAUAAAACUACACCCUGUCAUGAUGCCAGUCAAAGGAAUAACGUUUAAAGAAGACUUCAUGCAUAACUGUCAUACAAGUGUAAAAAGAAGUUAACCACUGUAAAUAUGUAAAAUGUGAUAAGAUAGAUAGAUAGAUAGAUAGAUAGAUAGAUAGAUAGAUAGAUAGAUAGAUAGAUAGAUAGAUAGA